CACUUCCGAGGUUUUAAGGUUUUAGAUAUUGAAAACUGAGGUUGACCCUUGAUCGAAGCUCCACCCCUCUGAAUUCAGAUAAUUAAUUUUAAGGUACCUUGAAAUGGAAAACAACGUUUCAGUCCUAUGUAAGCAAGAGAAUCAGAUGGAUUUGCCACCUGGAUUUCGGUUUCACCCAACUGAUGAAGAGCUUAUAAGCCAUUACCUUUACAAGAAGGUCAUUGAUACCAACUUCUCUGCCAGGGCCAUUGGAGAGGUAGACCUCAACAAGUCUGAGCCUUGGGAUUUGCCAUGGAAAGCGAAAAUGGGAGAAAAAGAGUGGUACUUUUUCUGCGUGAGAGACAGAAAAUACCCAACUGGGUUGAGGACUAAUAGAGCCACAGAAGCAGGAUACUGGAAGGCCACAGGGAAAGACAAGGAGAUUUUCAGAGGAAAAUCGCUGGUUGGAAUGAAGAAAACUCUGGUUUUUUAUAAAGGAAGAGCACCCAAAGGUGAAAAAAGCAACUGGGUCAUGCACGAAUACAGACUCGAUGGUAAAUUCUCUGUUCAAAACCUCCCUAAAACUGCAAAGAACGAGUGGGUUAUUUGUAGGGUGUUUCAAAAGAGUUCAGCCGGUAAGAAAACUCAUAUUUCUGGGAUAAUGAAGUUGGACUCUUUUGGAAAUGAAUUGGGUUCUUCUGGUCUACCACCCCUCACAGAUUCCUCACCUUCCAUUGACAAGACCAAAUCACUUUCGGGUUCAGUUUGCGUGCCCUGCUUCUCCAAUCCAAUUGAUGUUCAAAGAAACCAAGGAGGGAUCUUUGAUUCAUUCACAAACUCCAUCUAUGGGGUUUCUUCAAAUCCAUUAGACAUUCUUCCAAGAAUGCCACCUUCUGGCUCAUUCUACUCUGCUCAAGGUGUUCAAGUCCCAGCUAAUUUGCCAUUCCCCGGAUCUGUUUACAGUAUGCAGGACCAGACAGUUUUGAGAGCCUUACAUGAAAACAAUGGAUCAAACUUGAUCAAUGGUUUCAAGACAGAUAGGGAAAUUGUCAGUGUUUCACAGGAAACAGGUCUCACUACUGACAUGAAUGCCGAAACCUCUUCGGUGAUAUCGAAUUUUGAUAUGGGCAGGAGGUCCUUUGACAAUCAGCAUCAUCCAUCAACUUCUGUUGCAGCAGUGGACCUUCAUAGUUUAUGGAAUUACUGAAUACAAAUAAAGGAACAUCUAGAAAGAAAAACAAACUUUUGAGCUGAAAAGAAGAGGAGUAAGAAGAGCCUCGGUAAUAAGUUGUUGUCUGGGAUUUGAUGGUGUUAUUUCUCUGUAUAGAUUUUAUCUAAAAAAAUGUACUGAAGUAUAUGUUAUGUUGUGUAAGUGUAAGAAAUCUUGUGAAAUUAAGCUGUUUUUGUCCUUUGAUAUAUUAUAGGCUUGGGGGGUGGUAUGAGCAUGAUUAUUUGGUUUCAGCUUGGAUUAAAAAUCCUACAAGAAUGGGACUUCAUUAGGUACCUUAGCUUGUUGAUCUUGCUU